AUGGAUAAACACAACAUGUUUGUUUAUAUUACCAAAGAGAAGUAUGAAAAACUCAAGGAUUCAGAAGAAGUUAAACUUGGAGUGUUUCAUUCGUUCAAAUGUAGCACAUGUAUAGCUUGUGUUUCUCUUGAUGGUGCUUUUGUUACUCCAGCAAUUGUUCUUCCGAACGAGAAAUAUUAUUCUGAUCUUGAAGCGGAUUGUCAUGGUUGGUUAUUAUAUUAUACCAAAACGGGGUUUGUCGAUGAAACAAUUAUUCAAUUGUGGUUAGUUAACCAUCUCAUACCACACAUUGAAAUGACAAGAAGACUAUUAAACUGA